AUCCACAUUGUUUAUAUCUGGCAGACAAUAAAUUUGGUUUAUGCUGUAAUAUUAUCUGAACUAAUGUAAAAUAAGCCUUGAUCUGUUCCCUUCUGUUAAUUAUACAGUUUGGGAAUAGACAUGUUGUCUUUCAUUAGACUGGUUGUUGUAGCUUGGAAAAUACAUGAUUUUCCAGGCUGGUCUUCAGUUCUGAACUAGGAGCAUGGUAAGUCUCAAAGCUAAGUACGAGAUGAGGAAAAAAUUGCUUAGAGUUUAAUUUUAUUAUAUAUAAUCAAUUUCUGAAACAUCAGAAUAGUAGCUGUUCUCUGCUAGGUAGAGAAUAUUAGGAAAGGAAGGGGGAAAAUAACAGAAUGGUCUGGAGAGGUCUAAAACUCACUAUAAAAGCAUUGGGAGAGAUGAAAACUGUCAUUUUCAGUCUGGUGGGUUUUACGUAUUCAGUGGAGUUUUGUGUUCUAGUUUGGUCUCUGCUUUGAAAAAUAUUUUGUCCGUUUGCUGCUGAGAACGUGAGCAGGGAGCUCGGAGCACUUGCUCUGGGGGAAAGGGUUCCCCAGUCGUAGCUGGGUGCUUUUCCUCUUUGCACAGUUGUCAGCACAGGCUCAUCCUGGUUCGUAGGGGUUGCUGUGCUUCACUUGCAGAGUUCACCGCAAGAGCGUUUAAUCUGCUUUACACAAUUUCAUAUACUCCCCUGAGAAUAAAUGGAGGAUCCAGAGAUUUUUGGCAGUUCUUGUGGGGAGUAGUGGGAAUAUUGGGGGACUUGAGCCUUCAAAGUCAUUUGAGGGUGCAGAAGAAAACCUAAAGCUGCUCUCUGACUGCUAAUAGAAAUACUGGAAGUGAUGUAAAAGAUGACUAAUCUGACAAUUAAAUGACAGAUACAGCAGAUGUAAUUACUGGUUAAAGUUGGGGAAAGUCUGAAGUAAUGUUAACAGGAAUAAUAACUGUAUCAACAAAUCAAAACAAAACAAACCACAUGACAAACCCCUACAAUCCUGAAAGUCUUUGAAUGGGAUGGGAAUCUUCAGUGGGUUUUUGCAAUGUUUGUUUGUGAUUUUUAAGAACAAUAGCUGUGGUGAAGUUAAUUUGUGCUUCCAAAAAACAGACUGAUUUUUAUCUUGAAAGAAAGGAGCUAGGAAAAGAGGGAGAUCAUAAAUACAUGGCUAUGUCUCGCUGUGUGUCUAAUAUAGCAAAAUAUAGGCAAUAUGGAAUUAUGCAUUAUUUAUUUGAAAUGAGCAGUUUUUACAGUGGACAAUGUAGAAGAGUUGUAUAAAUUUAACAUGUUGAGAAGCAAGGCUAUAGUGAUACCUUUCAUCUGUUAAUCAUGAAAAAUUUGAGCAGGUUACAGGGAUGUCUUUUUCUGUAUCCUGAUUGUUAAAGUGGUACAACAAAUAGCUGGUGGCUUUCUCUCUUGUUUAUCCCUUUCCUGAGUGCUCAAAAAGUUGGUCUUGAUGGGCCACUCGCAUCAUUUGAAUCUUAAGUAGAAGAUUGUUGGCUACAAAGGGAUAAUGAAAGUUUCAACUAUAUCUUCAUGUUGCUUAGUACUAAGAUAUCUAAUGUUUAAUUUGUCCAAGUAUUUUAAUUUUCCAAAUGGUUUCUAAAGAAAAACCUGGCACCUCAUAAAACCUUGCAAAAACAUUCUUGCGUACAGAACUGUGCAUAGUUCUCUCCUAGACAAUUAUGCAACUUUAAAAAAUGCCACAAAAUUGAUGAAUAUGAGAUUUUGAAGGUGAAGUAAGAAAUAAAAAAAAAAACAACCCCAAACCACACAAUAUGCAGUGCAUUGUAUCGUCCUCAGUUACUGUCUUCUCUGCCAGAGUCCUGAAUUAAGACCGUCAUGUCAGUGAAGAGAGGGUCAUUUGAUUUAUUAUUUUUUAAUCUCACGAGUAGUUUUAGAAAGUCCCAUCAAACUAGUAAGAAAUUAGAAAUUUCUGAGCUCGAUGUGCAAUGCUUGCUCAGGGAAUGUAAAUACCAAGGGACAAUGAUAAUGCAGUGAUUGUGUUUUGUACUUAAUACAAAUACUUAAUCUGAGAAUAUGCUCAGAUUAAUGCAAUUCCCACGUGCCAGGAACUUGCUGUUUAGAAAGUAUGCAUAGUAUUGCUAAUCAAGAAAAUAUUUUUUUUGAAGUUCCACCAAAAUUCUUCUCUCUAAUUGGAUGCAGACCUGUCACUUAUUUCAUCUUCUUAAGUGUGUAAUUAAAUCUAGUUGGUACUGUUUUGUUCUUUUUAUGAAACCUCUGUGUUUUGCAACUUGGGCUUUUGUAAUAGAAUUUGUGUGAAAGAUGAUAAACAGAACUAGAGCAAGUGAUCAGGAAAAACGUGAACAUAUGCUGUUAAGGCUGUGGUUUGAUGUGAUACUAGGGCAGAAAGCGUAAAGAGCUUUCUAGAUAACGUGAGGCAGUGAUGUACAAUACUGCAGCUCAAAUUUAAAAAGAUCUGUAUUGUUUAAGAUUGUGUUAGUGUGGUCAGCCGUGUGGGAACAAUGAAACAGUCCGUCUUUGCAGAAAGCCUGAAACAAAAGACCAAGAGGUUUUCUUCACCAGUGGAGCGUGAGAAGUAGAGGCUGAAGAUGAGUGAGCUGGAACAGUUACGGCAGGAGGCAGAGCAGCUGCGAAAUCAAAUCAGAGAUGCAAGAAAAGCAUGUAGCGACACAACUCUUGCUCAGAUCACAACAAGUCUGGACUCAGUGGGUCGAAUUCAAAUGCGAACAAGGCGCACGCUUAGAGGUCACUUAGCCAAAAUCUAUGCUAUGCACUGGGGAUCGGACUCAAGGCUACUAGUCAGUGCUUCUCAAGAUGGAAAAUUAAUUAUUUGGGAUAGUUAUACAACAAAUAAGAUGCACGCCAUUCCUUUGAGAUCCUCCUGGGUGAUGACUUGCGCGUACGCACCGUCUGGAAACUAUGUUGCGUGUGGUGGAUUGGACAACAUUUGUUCCAUAUACAACUUAAAAACCAGAGAGGGCAAUGUGAGAGUGAGCCGAGAGCUGCCAGGGCAUACAGGUUACUUGUCCUGUUGUCGCUUUCUGGAUGACAACCAAAUUGUCACUAGCUCAGGAGACACCACUUGCGCUUUGUGGGAUAUUGAAACUGGUCAACAGACCACCACGUUCACUGGGCAUACUGGCGAUGUGAUGAGUCUCUCCCUAAGUCCAGAUAUGAGGACUUUUGUUUCGGGUGCCUGUGAUGCCUCCUCGAAGCUUUGGGAUAUUCGAGAUGGAAUGUGCAGACAGUCAUUCACAGGGCAUGUGUCGGAUAUUAAUGCAGUUUGUUUUUUCCCUAAUGGACAUGCAUUUGCCACUGGAUCUGAUGAUGCCACUUGCCGACUCUUUGACCUACGUGCUGAUCAGGAAUUAAUGCUGUACUCCCAUGACAACAUCAUCUGCGGGAUCACUUCUGUAGCCUUCUCGAAAAGCGGCCGCCUCUUGCUAGCAGGUUAUGAUGACUUCAACUGCAACGUGUGGGAUACUCUGAAAGGGGAGAGAGCAGGUGUCCUUGCUGGCCAUGACAACCGUGUGAGCUGUUUAGGUGUUACUGAUGACGGCAUGGCUGUAGCUACAGGGUCUUGGGACAGUUUUCUCAGAAUCUGGAAUUAACCGGGAGCCAAACAUGUACAUUCUCCAUUUGAGAUCUGGAGAAAUCAAUGCUGCAGCCUAUAGCUGUGAAAUAACAUUUCUACCUUGUAUUUGCAGGUGAAGUUUUUCUAUUCACUGAUUAUUACACAAAAAGGCUUUCUGUAAACUAGAAAAAAAAUCAAGUGAAGAAAUAGGGGAGGGGGGAAGAAAUCACUGACUUUUUAAAAGGGGCCAGCACACAUAAUCAUGGUGACCGACAAACUAAGAGCCAGUCUUUUCGUUUUUGGUGGUUUGGUUAGAUUGUCCUUGAAGGGUUUUUGCUUGUGCUCAGUCUGCUAAUCCUGUACUUUUUUUUUGUACAUAACAGAAUAUACACGUUAUAGCGGCCAAUCAUGUAACAUUUGUCUGUAUGUAAAGAAAUACGUUCGCAUUUUUUAAGGAACUGCAUUUAUAGCUUUGCUUUUAACCCGAGAUGUCACUUCCGAGUUUUGUAGUGGAUGAACUAGAUUGCUGUUUUAAAUGUUUUUGUGAAUUUACUGUAGAUAAAGUGAAGCCAAUGGUAUGUGUGUGUUUUUAUAAUGGAAGGCAUUUGAACUUUUGUUUUUUAAAGGCCCUGGAGACUCCCAGUUAAUACCUGCCGCCUUACACACUCACUUCUUGACCUGCUUGCCUAUUUUUAAUCCUGGGGGUUCCUUCUUCAAGCCAGUGGUUCCUGGUUCAUCCAUUGGCAAUCAUGGCCUCCAAACACCAAGGAGUUAACGCCAGGCAGACUUGCAACAACAGCAAAAAUAAUCAUAAAAUAAUUUUUAAAAAAUCAGAAGUAUUAGAGCUUCCUUACCGCAGCUGUUCGCGGCAGCUCUCGGGUAGGGAAGCCCAGUGCCCGCCAGCGCUGUAAUUAAGUGACCGAGUGCUUUUCCUUCCGAGAGUUCAGCUCUAACUAAAUGCAGUUUUGACCAUCCCAAACUCCGGCUGACCUGCACUCCCAGGCUUAUUGGGCAUGCUGCUCAGUGCAGGGAGCUGUGUAUUUGCAACGCGUGCUCAAUUACCACAAUCAAUCAGCUGAGAAAUUCAGGAGGACUUUGCUUAAAUUCUUACUGCAGAUUUAAAUGUGCAGUUAAUCGCCUGUAAUCCCCCUCCAAAUUAGGGGCUUGCCAAAGCAUACCACAACCAAAAGCGCUUGUCAAUUACGUGCAGUGUGAAUUCUAAAAGGAAUUGUGUAACUUACAACAAACCAAAUAACCUUACUUACCUGUGUGACCCUUUCAAACUUCACCCUGUCAACUUUGUGACUUGCUGCUUCUCCUGUGGUCACAGAGCUCUGUGCUGUGGGGGCUUAUUAGAUGCUAAUUGUUCUGCAGCUCUGACACUGUAAAUAGCCAUUUCCUCUCCCGUUCCGAAUUUUAUUCUGAUUUUGAUGUCAGUUGCUUAUAAUGAUAGGUUCUGAUCAAGUACAGUUGAGUGUAGCUGUAGGAAAAUCAAGGGACUGAUGCGCAUUUGAAGUGACCUGGGAAGAUCAUUUAACUUCUUGGUGCCUGGCAGCACUCCUGCGCUUGCAGUGGAUGUUCUCUUGGGAACCUGGCGUUUUUGGAAAAGGGAAUUAAGUCCUAUUGGCUUCUCACAAGUGGCUUUUUUUAAGAUAAUGCAAAUUUUAAAUCAUCAGGUUGGAAGAUAAUGUUGAUGUGCCCUCAUCUGAAGCUAUGGGGAGCCUGGGUAUCUUGGGGUCAGGUAGGAAAUGAAAGGGCCUGGUAUCUUGUGAUACACCACAGCAGAUUUGUGGCUGAGAUGACUCCUUGUCAAGUUUCUGCCAUUUUUAAAUCCUAAAUUUCAGUACUUCCAGACUGUGCCUGUAAACUUGCCAUGUCUGUAAUGGUGAAGGUGCCAAGAAAUGUACCAGUCAAUCACAGUAAAUUCACCUUUAGAAAAAGGUGCGCCUUGUGCUGGAGAAGUAAACAUUUACUGACAGCAGACUGCGGUGUAGGACCAAAAUCACACUGUAUUGUAUGUCACAGGGAUGCCUCAGCAUUUUGCUUUAUGAUGUCUGCAUUAACAGAACUAUUAUGGAAUUCCUUUCACUCUCCGAAGCGAGCAGCUCUUUGGGAUCUUGCAGACAUCGUUUAUUUUCUCAGUGGUGCACUUGGUUGUUUUUUUUAACUCACAGCUGCCUUGAGCGAAUCAUUCUGGAAAUUUGUUACUAAGGAAUCUUAAGAAAAUAUUCUUUUUCUAAAAAAUCAUUUUCCAUAGAAGUGUUUUGAACCAAUUUCCUAGUCAACACCUUUGAGAAGACAGGUGCCAUUUUUACAUUAUUCUGGUAUUAAGAACUAGUUUCUACUUGCGAAACUCCAAAACAAUUUUACAGAUGUAUAUAACUUUCCUUAGCAGUUCAGGUAGACUGUAACGUGUGGUCGUGGCUCUCGCGCAGGGAUUACCACAAAUAAUUUCACUGUCAUUGUUUGAUGGGCAACUGUCUGUUGGAUUCAGCUGCUUUUAAAAUAAGGAAUGCCAACUACGUGCUAAUGAGGUUUCCAAAAGCGUGAUGCAGAUAUCUGCCGGCUUUUGCUAUCCAGUUAACCAGUGUCUGUAGUGUCGCAGGUCCCGAGGUGGCUCCUUCUGUGCUGGUGCACAAGGAAACCUGGAAGGAGCCCACACACAAUGGGGGGAAAAAGGGUGUCUGAUGCUUCUGGGGAGCUCAUAGGAAGCUGGUGGUAGAUCCCGCCAAGGUGGCGUGUGCUGUUGAGUUACUGUCCUGGAUAUAGCUUAGAGUUUGGUUUUUUUCUUCAAAGCCUACAGAUUCAGUGUAAGGCAUUGCUAUUACAUGAGGCCAAAUAAUGAACUUGCACAGGCUGGGGUAUUUCCUUCUUUCUGCUGUGAUCAGUGGCUUUUCUAGAUUGAUGCCUUUACUAAAAUGGAUGGGAUUUUAAUGGUAGAAGCUCAGACUCCUCCUAACAUGAGGAAGGUAAUAAAAUGACCCUUCCUCAGUUUUACUUCAAAGGUUUCACUCCCAGUUUUGAAUCUCAAAGAAAAGGGAGCGUGCCUUUAGUUUAAUGGAGACUCAAGUAUAUGUCUUGUGUGAUUUCUGUCUGUGCGCCACAACCUUCUUACACCGGGGGUUUUGCAGCACUAGUGGGUUCAUCGGAACCUGUCUUUAAUGGUUUGUUGCCAAACUACAUCAUUACCUGAAUUUCACACAACUUGUGUAAUUACAGAAAUGGAGGAACUAAGACCACUGUGCCAGAACGGUGGCCAGGUAACUCAUUCCCAGCCUCUUGUCUGCGGCUUGGAAAGUGGAGCUAUGUGCUUCGGGCAACAAGAUGUAUUUUAUUCAGGUACAGAUUUGUCAGCAUUUUCUAGUGUUGAUGUAACUUUGCAAUAGCAAAUACUCAUCAGGCAAGCACCGAACCCAGGCUUGUUCCCGUGUAGACUUGGACACACAUCUGUUGCUAGAGAUACUGGUUGAGAUUCUGGAAACCACAAGAAGCUUCUCCGUGGCAUUGUGCUGAUGUAUACUUGCUUCCUCCAGUACCGUGGGCCUGUUUCCAUCUGUCUCCAGACCUUUUUUCUUCCAAACAUUGCUAUCCUCUGCCUUGCUAAAUUGCAGAUACAUCACAGUAUCUGGCAGAACUGAUAGUUCAGGGUAUUGACAACAAUACAAUCCAUUUCAAACAGAACUCGGAUUAAAUGGGCUUUUCCCCCGCCGCAGGAGAGGGCCUGACCUUGACUUGGCAAAGCUGAACUGCUGUAACAGCUGGUCCUAGUGUGCUUACUGUAAUGCAUGGGUUGGAACUAGUUACUCUUUAAUUCAGUUCGUGUAACCGCUUGUCCCACAAUGAAGUUCACAUUACUUUAAGGUGGAAUGAAACCAUUGUGAAAACAUUCCAAGAGUGCUUAGUCUUUCCUCUUUGAGGACACUGUCACCUCCACUAGGUUUAGUGCUGUGCUUUAAGAUGUUGGUGAGAGUAUUGGCUAAUUAAACUAGUUGGUAUAAAUGGUCGUGUAGCAGAAUGACUGAUUUUUGAGAUAGCAUUUCCUGUACAAGUACUUAAGCAUGGGUUGAUGGUGCACUUUGUAUACCGUAAUCUGGCAUGCAUGCUGGUAAAACUACUUCCUACACUUCGGAGGCACCACAAGCCUUUUUAUCCAAUUGCUGGUUAUGUAAAAUACAUGCAGAAUGUUAAUGCAGUGUUGUUAUGGUAAAUGUGUGAACAGUGUUACUAAUUGAUAUAAUAACUGAUAACAGAUUACAUGUGCCUGACAUUCUUAUACCACACAGUAUGUUUAGGUUUUAACUAAUAUGGACUUCGGUGGAAUAGUCUUAGGUAUUUCAAGCCUUUGUUUUACUUACACAAUGGUGCUCUAUUUGUGUUUUUUUCUCCUUUUUUAUUUUAAAAAACAAAAAGCAUCUGAACACUUGUAGUACAUAUUACAUCCAAAGGAGUCCAAAAAAAGUGCUUCUAAACAUGCUUGGGUUUAAUUUGCCUUUAGUUUCCAGCAUUUCUCAUCAGCUUGGUUUCUGUUUUGUUUUGUUCCAUUUUUUAACUUGUUGCUGACUACUUUGGAAAACUUCAGUAAUGUUACCAAUUAUGAAGUGAUUCUGCACUGCCUUUGGAUUAUGUAUUCAGAAACAGUCUUAAAGCUUUUAUUUAAGCUAUUAAAAAAACCAGGGACUUGUGCCAUUUGUUC